CCCCUCUAUUUUAAGGCACGAGCACAGCAGCGGUGGCUUCAGUCCCCGCCUGCAGUGCUUUGCCUCGCGUCCCUUCCCCACUUCUCCUAAGGGCCUUGCCAGCAUGGGUGCCUGGCCCGGCUCGCCGCUCGCCGCCCUCCUGCUGCUCCUCUUCCGCGCUGUCAACGUGCACUGCGACACUCCUGCCAACUGCACCUACCCUGACCUGCUGGGCACUUGGGUCUUCCACGUGGGCCGCAGCGGUUCUCAGGGCGAGGUCAACUGCUCGGUUAUGGGACCACCAGAAAAAAAAGUAGUGGUGCACCUCAAGAAGUUGGAUACGGCAUAUGAUAACUUUGGCAAUUCUGGCCAUUUCACCAUCGUUUACAAUCAAGGCUUUGAGAUUGUGUUGAAUGACUACAAGUGGUUUGCCUUUUUUAAGUAUAAAGAAGAGGGCGGCAAGGUAACUAGUUACUGCCAAGAAACCAUGACUGGCUGGGUGCAUGACGUGCUGGGCAGGAACUGGGCUUGUUUCACAGGAAAGAAGGAGGGAAAUACCUUUGAGAAUGUGAACGUGAACACAGCACACCUUGAGAAUCUCCAGGAAAAGUAUUCUAAUAGGCUCUACAAAUACAACCACACCUUUGUGAAAGCUAUCAAUGCCAUUCAGAAGUCUUGGACUGCGACCGCAUACAUGGAAUAUGAGACUCUUACACUGAAAGAGAUGAUUAGAAGAGGUGGUGGCCACAGCCGGAGAAUUCCAAGGCCCAAACCUGCACCAAUAACUGCUGAAAUACAGAAAAAAAUUUUGCAUUUGCCAGCAUCCUGGGACUGGAGAAAUGUUCAUGGUACCAAUUUUGUUAGUCCUGUUCGAAACCAAGGGUCUUGUGGAAGCUGCUACUCAUUUGCUUCUAUGGGGAUGAUGGAAGCAAGAAUCCGUAUACUAACCAACAAUACCCAGACCCCAAUCUUGAGUCCUCAGGAGGUUGUUUCUUGCAGCCAGUAUGCUCAAGGCUGUGAAGGUGGCUUCCCAUACCUCAUCGCAGGAAAGUACGCCCAAGAUUUUGGGCUGGUGGAAGAGGCCUGCUUCCCCUACACAGGCACAGAUUCUCCAUGCAAACUGAAAGAGGACUGCUUCCAUUACUACUCCUCCGAGUACCACUAUGUGGGAGGUUUCUAUGGGGGCUGCAAUGAAGCCCUGAUGAAGCUUGAGCUGGUCCAUCAUGGGCCCAUGGCAGCUGCCUUUGAAGUCUAUGAUGACUUCUUCCACUACCACAAGGGGAUCUACCACCACACUGGUCUGAGAGACCCUUUCAACCCCUUUGAGCUGACCAAUCAUGCUGUCCUGCUGGUGGGCUAUGGCACUGACUUGGCCUCUGGACUGGAUUACUGGAUUGUUAAAAACAGCUGGGGCCCUAGCUGGGGUGAGGAUGGUUACUUCCGGAUCCGCAGAGGAACCGAUGAGUGUGCAAUUGAAAGCAUAGCACUGGCGGCCACACCAAUUCCUAAAUUGUAGGGUGUACCUCUCAGCGUUUCAUACUGACCACCAUCAGUCAUGAAAGGAAGCUGACUUAUUCAGACUAGAGACUUUUACCAUAUUGCUACUGCAAUGUCAAAAGGUUGCAAAUAGACUCCUAUGAAGAUUUGUGCCUUUAAAAUUAAAACUGCCCUUGACUGUAAUAUACUUUCCCAUUGAACACCAGCCUGCUUUUUCCUAAGUAUUCAGUGAAAUGAGGUUUUUAUGGAUGAUGGUGAACUAUGAAGUAAUACAUUUUGCUAAUCAUUUUUGAUGGAAACAGAUGCUGUAUUUUUAAAAAUCUAUGUGACUGCACAGGCUUAUUUUUAAAUUGUAUAAAUCAUGAGAAAAUAUGUCAAUGAUUAUUUUAAAAAUUUUUGUAAAUAUUCAGGUGAUAUGUAUUAUGAAAUUUAUGUAUGUGCUUAAGAGAAUUUUUAAUCUUGACUCCUUCAGUUGUAUUUACUUCUCUCGCUUAUGUAAAUACUUUAAAAAGGAAAAUCUGGGUAUUUCAACUAAAAACAAAAUUAUGAACAUUUACAAUAGGGGGUAUACUCAGUUAAUGUCUAGUGAACCCGAAAUUAUCUCCUGGAUAUUUGAUGAGACAGAUUAUAAAGAAAAGAUACAGGAGUUUUGAUAAGAGUCUGUUUAUUGGUUAAAACUUCUUAUCCUGUAUCUUGCAUUUGGAAGUAUUGGUUAGCCUUCAUUGGCUGAGCAGUAAUAGCCUAAUUAGUGGAAUAUUAACAGUUUAUAUUUGGUCAGAUCUUUGGGAUCUCCAAGGGAUAUUUCACAGUGAUAUGAAAUCUCCACACUGAGUAAACAGAUAGGAAACAUUAGAAAUAAUAGAUUAGGCAAAAUUAGGCAAAUUAGUCAGAGCUCUAAACCAUAAAUAGAACUACAAGGCUUUUAGAGCUGAAAGGAACCCUGGAGAUGGUUCAGUGUAACUUCCUUCUAACCAGAAAAAGACACUGAGGCUUAUACAGAGGGCAAGUGACUCAUCCAAGGUCACACAGCUGGUAAAUGAUGAGUCUAGAUUAGAACUUAGAUUUUCUAAGUCUGGUUCUUGAGUGACUUAGACACUGAAUCUCUGUGCUUUCCACCAGAGUAUCCAAAAUCACCAGGGAUACUAGAUGCAUAGUUGGAAAUUUCACAUUGACAUGUUAAGUCUCAGUUUUGUCUUAAACCUCAUGUACUUUUUGUAUUGCAAUUCACUACAAUGACAUUUUUACUCUUCUUAAACUGAAGGGUUAUUCCAGGAGUUUGCCUCGUAUUUAAAGUGUGGCUUCUUGGGCCUCCUGGUACAUGGCCACAUACCUUUGACCUUUUUACUACAUGAUGACAAAGAAGCAGACACUUUGAAUGGCAGGCAUAGGCAGAGUCCUUAUUAUCUGGAAGGCCUCCAAGGAAAUAUAUUUUCCUUGUUACUGUUACUGGUAGAAUGUAAUCAUUAUAAUCCUAAUUUAUGCCUAGCCUUGUAGCUACAUGAAAGUGUAACUAGACUUUGAAAUCAAGCAGGAAUUUAUUUUUCACUAAAAUUUAUAAAGAUAUACUACCUGUCAGCUUAAUAGCUAAGAGUUUCUUUAACCCACUAAGUGUGAGCUCAUCCUCUGGUUUUUACUUGGACAGCAGUCAGUUGACACAUGUGAGAGCAAGUCCUGAAGGUGAAGAGCACCCAUGCUUUUGCACAAUUUCAUGGAGGCCCUGGCUGAGCUCUGAAGGAAAAUCGUUGCUCGUAUCAUUCUUUAAAUACUGUAGGAAAUAUUGAAGGACUAAAUGAUAGUUGUGAACUUAACUGGCAAAAUGGGAAGCAGGUCUCACAAGCAUGAUUAGUUGAGGACAAGCAAUGGUUUGAAAAGGCCCUAAGUUUUCAGAGGUGCACUCAGGAUUGCCCAGAGAGCUCAAGUUACACUGCCCUUCAACUUGCAUUUUCUGCUGUGGGAGGUCUGCUUUUCCUAUUGCUCUACAAGAGAAAGAUCACCGUUUCAUCCACAGUGGUGGAAUUCAUUCAAGACGUUGACUGAAUCAUGGUUCCAUCAUGGUUCCUUAAGCCAUGUAAUUAAACAGUUAAGCUAUACAAAAAGCAAGUUUCAUUAUCUGAAACUUGCUUGUAUUGGUGCUAACAGAAUGUAUCAUCAAAGUCUGUUGAGCAAAUGAGCUCUGGAGAAAAAUGGGUUGAGAACUCUGGCUAACCUCCCCAAACACAUGCCCAGAAAAGCUACAGCAGUGAUGUGCGUGGAUGACACCAUUGUCCACAAAGCAAAAAAUAAGUUUAGCUGGGCCAUCUAGCACAAGCAUGGUCCUGACCCUGGUGCCUUAGUGCCUGGGUAAGAUUUCUUGCUCUGCCACACGAGCCAUGAGAACUUGGGCAGUUUACUUAACCUACCAGUGCUUCCGUUUCCUCAUCUGUAAACUGGGGAUAAUGGGAUAAAUAUCUAUCACUGUCUGAACUCUCCCUAAACUCUUGCUAUACAAAUAAAGGAACCAAAAGAGUUUACACUUUUGAAUGACAUUUAUUUGGUUUAAGGUCAGGCCUUACCCUAUCCCAAGUGGGUAAACUAAUGUAAAUUCAGAUAAUGAAGUUUCCCUGGCCAUUCAAACUUGCUCACUGAACUCUGACUUCUAAACAUGACCUCAGGAACGGAAUAGAUUUGGAUAGUAAGGGAUAUGUGUAUCUACUUCACAGAGCUCUGAGAGUUAAAUGCCUUCAUAAAAAGAGUAGGUACACCAGUGCUUGGAACGUAGUAAGGAGUAUAUAAAUAUUAGUUACUGUUCAAGUCAUCUUUUUCCCAAUUCAAAUUGUAAUCUUUUGCUAUGAGGAAGCAGCUCAGAUGUAUUCUAUUAAUAAACAAGCUCUACUCUGAGAAGGUACAGGAGGGGCUUUGGAGAUUUUUUUUUUAAAGGGAGAAAAAACCAACAGAGGAACAUAGCGCAAAGAAACCCACGGAGAAAAAUCUUCGAAAACAUUAUGAAUUAGGGAGAUAAUUUUGAUCUUCUAGUACAGAGGUUUUUACAACCCGCAUCACAUCAUUGCCUCUGCUUGUCUCUGCUACUGCCUGUGUGGAAAGAAUAAGUGUGAGAGGUGAUCAGGUUUAGAUUGCUACAGCAGAGAUGAAAAUCAAGCCCCAGCUGAGAGCAAGUAACUUUGAAGAAAAAAAGACUAAAGGUUAAGCUAAGGUUGCAACAAUUUGAUUUUCCUAAUCAGGAUUUUCCUAUCAGGAUAAGCAUAGCAGAUUCACAUAACAAUAGAGCUAGAAGGUCAUCUAGUCCACCUCUGUCAUUAAAAUAAAAAUGGGUUCAGUGAGGUGAAAUAACAUGCCAAGGUUCCAGCUAAUGAAGAUAAAUCUAGACCCCAGUGCAUCAAGAACUUUCUACUGUACCUGCUGCCUCCCAAUUAAGAAAAAUGGAGAAAGAAAUAUAAAUGUUAUGAGACAACC